CUCCCCCCCCCCCCGCGGUGUCGCAUGUCGCGACAUAUCGGGGGACAAUGGCAGUGACGUCAUCGCGCGGGGGGAGGGGCGGGACCCCCAUAAAGGGACCCCCAAAAAGGGGGGGAGGGGCGCGAGUGGGACCCCCGGGACGGGAACGCGGACCCCCGAAAUCGGCGCCAUGUCGGAGCCCGAGGAGGAGUUCGAAGGCGGCGGAGGAGGAAGAGGAGGAGGAAGCCUCGGAGCCCCCGAAACCUCCUGAGGAGCCCGAGGAGGAGCGGCCGCGGCCCCGCCCCCCCCUGACCCCGCUGGCGCCCCCCAAAAUCCCCGAGGGGGAGCGCGUCGACUUCGACGACAUCCACCGGAAGCGGAUGGAGAAGGACCUGCUGGAGCUGCAGACCCUCAUCGACGCCCAUUUCGAGCAGCGGCGCCGUGAGGAGGAGGAGCUGAAGGGGUUAAUGGAGCGCAUCGUGAGUUCGGCAUUUUUGGGGGAUUUUUGGGAUUUUUGGGUUUUUUUGGGUUUUUUUGUGUCUGGAGAUAUCAACGUCCUGUACAACCGCAUCAGCCACGCCCAGAAAUUCAAGAAGGUGGCCAAGGGCCGCGUGGGCGGGCGCUGGAAGUGA